CACUAAAAAUCAUCAGAUUUUAGCUGUUUAUUUGUUCGUCUUAUAGGCCUAUAAAUAUUAGUUCAAUGGUACGAUUGUUUCUUAAGUUUUAUAUAAGGAAGGGAGAAAAUCCUAGUUUUCUUGAACAAUGUUUUUUUUUGUAUCUCAUCACUUGAAUAUCGUCCGGAAAAUGUAAACAACUAAAACCCGCGCUCUCACUUUCUACAAUAACACAACCUUAACUUUCCUCUAUCAAUUGUUCUAUGUUAACCAUGUUUAAAAGUUGUAAGCGAUGCAUGUAUAUAAAAUGAUGUGUUUUUGUGCUGAGGAGUGAAGUAAACGGGCUUUGUCAUUGGAACAUGCUCUUCAUCACAAAAUAAACUGAGGUUGUGGGAGACAUUAUAUAUUAAACUAUACAGACACUUGAAUAUUGCAGCUUGUGAUCCGAUCACCAAGUCAUUGUUGGCAUUAAUUCGCAACGUUAACGAUACAGCGUAGAAAUAGAAAGAGCAAGAGUCAUGAACACCACUGUAUACAAUCAUUCUCAUGACCUUGAUAACGUUACAAAUGUUGACGGAAGAAAACCAUUUCUGUUGGAUAACAGUUCUCAUGACUUCCACUUCCAGUUUCCUACCCAAGUGGAUAUUAUUAACGUUAUUUGUGCAGUCAUUGCUGUUUUGGGAGGCAUUGGAAAUAUCGUUACCAUUGUCAUCAUCUCGUACCAAUCAAAACUUCAUACACCGACAUUUGUUGUAAUUAAAUGCUUGGCAGUGUCAGAUUUCUUUGGAUUAAUUACAGUUUCUUUCCAAUAUUUUACAAAUGUUUGGACAUUUUUACGUCAUCAAAAUGCAUCUACCUACGCCAACCUUUUUGAAAUCAUCGUUAACACCGUUUAUCUCAAUUCACCCAGCCAUGUCUUGUUACUGUGUGCCGUUAGAUAUUUGCUUGUAGUCCAUCCCUUAGACAGCAGACGAUAUCUAACCGUCACAGUAGUCUCCCUUGGGUCGCUCACAUCAUGGAUCUUAAGCUUUGUAUUUGCGGUCAUUUACGUUUCUGUCUAUUCAGCCUUUGGAGUCAAAGAUCAAAACAUUGGUCUAGCUUUAGAGAUGGCUUCAACAAUUAUUGUGAUACUUUAUCUUGUUUUAUCCGUCAUUAUUAUAAUAUCGAUGCAUUUAAAAAAGAUGGCAGCCAUUAAAAAAUCUGCAACUAAAGGUCAAGUUCAUAAAAAGAUGCAUUUUAUAGCUUUUGUUAUGCUGUUUUGCCUUGUACUCUGUCGUCUCCCUGAUAUUGUUGUACAUUUUUUUUUAUUUGUAAAGAAAACAGAGCUUUUCACCAUUCAUUUGAGAAACUGUUAUUUUGUACUGAAUUAUUUCACCUAUUCGUACAAUCCAUACAUGCUUUUUGUGUUUUCAUGUUUGAAAUCUUGCAGAAAAAAAUGAAUUGAGAAAAUAUCGAUGCUAAACAUUUCUUAAGAUUGAAGCCUAUAUUUUCUCCAGGUAUAAUUUUAUUGAGAUAAUUGGACACUUUAUAUUGUACAUUUCAUGUUAUUUCCGGAAUAUGUUGUCAAUGCAUGUUGUCCCAAGCUUUGUUCAUUUCUGAAUUGAUAUCAUUAAUGGCAUAAAAAAGUUU